AUGGAAGCUGUCUUUAUCCCCAUAACCGCCACAAUUGAAGACGAUGGAUUUUCGCUAAUCACAGAUAAAAUCUCGCAUAAUCUAACGACGUCGGACGUUGAGAUUGUUACCACCGGUAACCGUCGUAUACCGGUACACUCCGGCGUUCUUGCUUCCGCUUCGCCGGUUCUGAUGAACAUCAUGAAGAAACCGGUGAGACGUUACCGUGGAUGUGAUUCUAAGAGAGUCAUCAAGAUUCUUGGCGUUCCAUGCGACGCCGUUUCGGUCUUCAUCAGAUUCCUCUACUCUUCUAGUUUGAAGGAAUAUGAGAUGGAUGAAUACGGCAUCCACCUUCUAGCUUUGUCUCACGUCUACAUGGUUACAAAUCUGAAGCAACUGUGCUCGAAAGGCGUGGUAGAGCGUUUAACGGCGGAGAAUGUAGUCGACGUUCUCCAGUUGGCUCGGCUUUGCGACGCACCUGAUCUUUGUCUUAGAUCUAUGCGUCUGAUUCAGUCGCAGUUUAAGACCGUUGAGCAGACAGAAGGAUGGAAGUUUCUUCAGGAACAUGAUCCAUUACUAGAACUCGACAUUCUCCAAUUCAUCGACGAUGCUGAAUCGAGAAAGAAAAGAAGACGGAGACACAAAAGGGAACAAAAUCUAUACAUGCAACUAAGCGAGGCAAUGGAUUGUAUAGAGCACAUAUGCACCCAAGGUUGUACGUUGGUCGGUCCAUCAAACGCAAUAGACAACAACAACACGAAGUCAAUGAUUGUGGAAAAGUCAAAGCCUUGUAAGGCGUUUUCCACGUGUUAUGGCCUCCAGCUUUUGAUACGUCACUUUGCCGUAUGCAAGAGGAGAGGUAACGAUAAGGGUUGUCUUCGUUGCAAGCGGAUGCUUCAACUCCUUAGACUCCAUUCUUCGAUCUGCGACCAACCCGAAUCUUGUCGUGUCCCUCUUUGCAGACAAUUUAAGAAAAGAGGAGAACAAGACAAGAAGAUGGGUGAAGACACAAAUUGGAAGCUUCUGGUGAGAAGGGUUGAGUCUGCAAAAGCUAUGUCUUCGUUGUGUCAGUCAAAGAAGAACAAAUAUGAAGGAAAAGCAGAAGGAAUUAUCAGAAUCAGGAAGGAGUUGGGUUUGUAG